AUGUCUCAAUCAAUCUUAGCUCCGUUCCAACUCCUGGAACUCAACGUCAUAUCGGCCCAGGACCUUGCGCCGAUAUCACGCUCCAUGCGCACGUACGCCAUUGCAUGGGUGCACCCAGAUCGAAAGCUAUCGACGCGGGUGGACACUCAGGGCCACAACAAUCCGACAUGGAACGACAAGUUUGUGUUCCGGGUGGACGAGGAUUUUUUACACGAGGACACCUCCGCCGUGAUGAUUGAGAUCUACGCUCUCCAUUGGUUCAAGGACGUCCAUGUGGGCACGGUUCGUGUCCUGGUGGGUAACCUUAUCCCCACCCCGGCAAAGCCCCACCACCACAACCCUCAGCUAGGCAUGCGGUUCGUAGCUCUCCAGGUGCGCCGUCCCUCGGGCCGGCCGCAGGGGAUUCUAAACAUCGGCGUGGCGCUGCUUCACAGCUCCAUGAGGAGCAUGCCCUUGUAUUCCCAACUCAGCACAUCAGCCGUCGGAUACAAAACCUUGAUGGGCGAGGAAGACCCACAUCGCAGUAGUCAAAACCAUCAUGCAGGCAGUCAAAUGACGACGUAUUCGAAGCCGGAGCUACGGCGCAGCAAGAGCGACUCCAGCUCCAUGUUCGGGUCGGACCUGAGAGCCACAGAAUUUAAAAACAAGGGCAAAAAUGGAAAGGCGGGCUCAAUGGUCAACGGGUCAGAAGUCAGCAUAAAAAGGAACAAAAAAGGUCGUCUGUCCAAAGCCAGCUCGAUCAUUGGUGGUUCAGAAAUAAUUAUUAGGAAGAGCAAGGACAAAAAAGGAAAAUCAAGCUCCCUGCUUAGCGCCUCAGAUAUAAGCUACAAAAAAGGGAAGCCGAGCUCCAUGCUCGGCGCCUCAGACGUGAACAGCUCGGUGGCCCCACCAAAGUACGGAAAAGACAAAAAAGGAAAGCCGAGCUCCGUUCUCAGCGCCUCCGAAGCCAUCGUGCGGGACCCACAGAAAAAGGGUGACAGUAGUAACGGUAAACCCGCAAGCUCCAUGCCCAGCGCAUCCGAACCGGAAGACCCGCCCAGAAGGAAACCCGCCAGUCACAAACCAUCGCCGAAAUUCAACCUGGCAGAAAAUUACGGUUCUACCCCCGGACGGAAGUCCGCUCCGCGAGCUGGCAAAUCGCCGUUCUACAAGCUGCAGUCGCCGUACGAGCAGUACGCGACGCCGAGGAAAUCGAACAUCAUGCCGGUGCCGUUCAUAACGGAGUCGGAGCUGGGGCCUUCGCCGUCGGAGGUGGCGGCGGCGAUCGCGAAGGAGCGCUUGGAUCAGGACACGGAGAGCUCGGUGGUAGUGGGCGCAUGGAACGAGGAAGACAGCGUGGAGGGCUUGCAGUCCAAGCUCGAGCGGUGGCGCACGGAGCUGCCGCCGGUUUACGAUCGCGGAGAGUUCGCGAGCUUUCCUUCCAGCGACGAGCGCCACGAGCGGCGGCACAGCGAUGGCGGAAGCGGGCUCUUCUCGUGCUUUAGUAAUAUUUGUGGAAUCGAGUGCUCCAUUGUAUGCGGGUCGGGCGAUUCGGAUAGUAAGACCCGGAAGAAGAAUGGUAGCAAAAGUGGCGGAAAGGUCCCACGGAGCCCCUCAGUCGGAAAUCUAAGCUACAUGUGA